CAGAAGGGGCUUGCACCUCCAUUGACUGCUGGUUCUUUAAAGUUUGUCAUGUCUUGAGUGGUAAUAAUCACCCACUGGCCCCCCUUUCACAGUUUGGUGUUUUUUCCUUUUGUUAGCCAUCAUCUGAAGCUAAAACGGAGAAACAAAAGCACACUGCUACUGGGCAACAGCUUUGUUCAGGUAAGGGGACUUCUGAUGUGGGCAGCACUUCAUCUUCAGAAGCUGAGUCCUUAAAGAAAAGCGGAGGCAAAACUGUAUCCACUGUAACUACACUUACUGCGGUUGCCACAAUUGAUAUACCUUCACAAGAGAUUCCAAGAGAUAAUGUGGAGGGUAAUGGAGCUGAAUGCAAGGAAAACUAUAAUGGAAAAUGGUCAGCACAAACAAAGGCUGAAGUUUCUGAGAGAAACCAAGACAAAACCAUCAGCCCUGUUGGUGGCCAUGGACUUUUAUUUCCGGAAGCUGAUAACAAGCAAGAGCAGAACUUGCCUGAGAGUGGGACAAGGAGGGAUGAAAGCUACAAAAGAAAAGCUCAGAAUAGUUUGAGCAAGUUCAGUAACAAGAAAAGUCUUGACUUGCCUCGUCGUUUUUCGAAGCGACUAGCUGCGAUUGAACCUGAGCUGGUAGGCAAUGCAAGUUCCUUUGUUCAAGCAAUUCCUAAAGCUGGUAAUAAGCAAGAGCAGAACUUUCCUGAGAGUGGGAUAAAAGGGGAUAAAAUUUACGAAGGAAAAACUCAGAAUAGUUUGAGUGAAUCCAAUAAUGAUAAAGGGCUUAACUUGCCUCAUCAGUCUUCAAAGUGUCUUGAUGAGAUUGAACACAAGCGAGUGGUCAACUUAGUGUCCAUUGUGCAAGCUCGUCCAAAUCCAAAAUCUAUUAGGUCUCCGAAUGGUGCUAUGGGUUUGACUUCAGAUGUUUUGGCAGAAAAAACAUCUGAGCAAAUGGAGGAUGAACCCAUAACAGAGCUUCUGCAUCAUGCUGCUGCUAAUACUAAUAAUCCUUUAUUUCGAGAGCCAUCAAACAAGAGCCAAAACACUCAUUCUGUACUGCCAAAGGCCAGAGUUUCUGACUUAAAUCAAUGUAAAUUGGUUAGUGCUGACAAAGGACCUUUCUUAACUCCUGAAGCUGAUGUUCAGAGUGGGAUGAAAGGGAAGGGCCAAGAAAAAACACAGAAUGGUUUGAGCAAACCAAGUGAUAAGAAACUAAAGAAAGGGAUGAACUUGGCUCGUCGGUCUUCAAAACGAAUUGCAGGUCUUGAACCUGAGGUGGUAGCCAACACAGGGUCCAGUGCACGUGCUCUUCAAAAUGCAAAAAGAUCUUGUAAAACUGAAGCCAUCCUAGCUGUGGGUUUGACUUCAGAUGCUUUGGCAGACAAAGCAUCUCAGCAGCUUGGUGCUGAAUCUAGAACUGAGUUUCCAAAUCAUGCUUUGACUGAUGUCAAGAACCAAGUGUCUUUUCAGGACACAGCUGUUUCCAAGCACCAAUCGCAAGUGCAGGAAACUGACAAAACUAAUGAUGAGAAUUCAGAACCACAGCUUAUCCCUCCAUUUGGGGAGUUCUGGUCGGACCCUUGCCUUGAAUUUGCAUUCAAGACUCUUACAGGUGAAAUACCUGUUGAGAUUACUGCUGAAAAUGAGCUGCUUUCAACUCCUGCUUCUGAUAUCAUACAUGAGAGGAACUCGCUCAUGAAAACAAUUGAUAGAAGUAGCAAUGGAAAAACGCUGAUCAACUCAGGCAAAUGCAAAAUAGUACAAAGCUUCAUUUGCCUCGUCAAUCUCCAGAACAAUUUUCAGAGCUUGAAAGUGAACCAAUGGGCAGCUCAAUCUCCAAUGUGCGUGCUUUUAAAAUGA